AUGGCGUACCAGGAUGCAAACGUGACAUUCAGCAGUUCAGCAGCCCACCCAAGCUCCACAGAUCAACCCAAUGCGGAAAGACCUGGGAUAGGAGCUUGGGCCUUUCGAUGCUGGAGCUGGUGGGGGAAUUGGCCUGAUUGGAGAUCAUGCAGUGCCAAAAAUGGCCACUCUGCUUUUGAUUUCGUUAAAACCUCUUCGAGUCAGGAUCCAGUAAACUCCAAGGGUGGCGAAGAUAUUAGCUCGAAUGGGAACACGAGCCACGGUGUCAGCUUGCCCACACUGGCAGGGUCCGGCCGGAUGCAGUCAUUUUCAGGACCUUUGUCGAUGGUCUCACAGGGCACUAGUGUGUGCCCAAGACCAGAUUCCCAUUUGAGUCGUAGAAAUGCUGCCGGCACCAAGCCACAAGACGAGAGUGCAACUCUCCUGCGCAAAUAG